GGAGGGCGCCCGGCGCGGGCGCGGGGCGAUGAGGCCGCCCGGGGCCGGCCGGGAUGUGGCGCUGGAGCUGCCGGAGCCCGACAUGGGAGCGACCCCCGCGAUCCCCGAGCGCCUCCGCCUGCCCCUCUGCUGCCUCGGCGUGUUCGCCUGCUACUUCUGCUACGGCAUCCUGCAGGAGAGCAUCACUCGGGGCCGUUACGGGGAGGGGGCUCAGCAGGAGAAGUUCAGGUUCGCGCUGACCCUCGUGUUCAUCCAGUGCGUCAUCAACGCCGCCUUCGCCAAGCUCCUGAUCCGGCUCGUGGAUGGGGCGCGGGUGGAUCGCACGCGGGGGUGGCUCUACGGCGCCUGUUCCCUGUCCUACCUGGGGGCCAUGGUGUCCAGCAACUCGGCCCUGCAGUUCGUCAGCUACCCCACACAGGUCCUGGGCAAGUCCUGUAAGCCCAUUCCAGUGAUGCUCUUAGGGGUGACCCUGCUGAGGAAGAAGUACCCCCCAGCCAAGUACCUGUGCGUGCUGCUCAUCGUGGCGGGCGUGGCCCUGUUCCUGUACAAGCCCAAAAAGGGGGCCGGGGGCGACGACCACGUCUUUGGCUACGGGGAACUGCUGCUGCUGCUGUCGCUGACCCUGGACGGGCUCACGGGGGUGUCCCAGGACCACAUGAGGGCUCACUACCAGACUGGCUCCAACCACAUGAUGCUCAACGUCAACCUCUGGUCCACCCUGUUCCUGGGGGCGGGGAUCCUGUUCACUGGGGAGCUCUGGGAGUUCCUGAGUUUCACGGAACGUUAUCCCAGCAUCAUCUCCAACAUCCUCCUGUUCGGCCUCACCAGCGCCCUGGGGCAGACUUUUAUCUUCAUGACCGUGGUGUACUUCGGGCCCCUCACCUGCUCCAUCGUCACCACCACCCGCAAGUUCUUCACCAUCCUGGCCUCGGUCGUGCUGUUUGCCAACCCCAUCAGCCCCAUGCAGUGGGUGGGGACGAUCCUGGUGUUCCUGGGGCUCGGCCUCGAUGCCAAAUUCGGGAAGGGAGUGAAGAAAACGUCGCACUGAGGAGGUGGUUGGUCGGUGGGUUGAUCCCUGCAGACAGAAUGAACUUUUAAUUUAUUGUCUUGUACCUCAAGAUCUGUUCAACUGGACUCAGGAGAGGGAAUCAGGAGGAGACUGUGUGGAAUCUUUUGUUGGUUUGUUUCAGUUUUUUGAUUCUGAAUUGUCCUACAGAUGUAACACUUUAAUUUGGAGCGUAAUUGAGCUUUUGUUUCCCGUUGGUUUUCUGUAAUCGGAGCCGAGCAGCAGCAGGAAAUUCUUGCCUUAACAGGACAAAACCCACAAAUCCUUCAUAUCUUUAUUAAAGAAAAACAGCCAAUGGCCACUCCUCCCGAACUUUUGAUUCCGGUUGGUUUGGGGUUCAGCCCAGAACUCCGUGAGCUCUUUGGCGUGGCCUGGAGUGAUCCCUGGAUUAAAGGUUGGAGAAAAGCC